AGCUGGAGUAAAGCACGUGCGAGAUAACUCCUCCGUCUCUAAUCCGUCUAGCCAACUUUUCCCCGUCCACUGUUGAAGAUGGCGACCCCGAUUCGAAAGAAAAGAAACUUCAAGGCUCUUCAAUUGACCACCGCUCCAGCACCUCAGAUUGCAGAUACCGCUGCUCAACCGAUACCAACACGACAGGCUCCGCCGGCCAGUGGGAAAAAGCGACCACCGCCGAUGACAUUAAAAGCCCCAAAACUUCCUCCUAGCACGACUUCCGCCACCAUAGAAGAUGGUAAUCUUCUUACGGUCCAGUCUAGCUCAACUUCUGCUCCAAACACUGCUGUUACACCAUCCGCGAAACGAAACACAUACCAUACAACACUUUCUAACACCCUAGCCAUCCUCGAUUCAAAUGCAGAGGUCAAAUACGAUCUCAGAAACGAGGAUCUCAAGGAUUUGCAGGAACUUGGACAGGGUAAUGGUGGUAGUGUAAAGAAGGUUGAACAUACACCCACGGGCACAAUAAUGGCGAAAAAGAUCGUUCUUAUUGAUGCUAAACCGUCUGUCAGGAAACAAAUCCUUCGCGAAUUGCAAAUUAUGCAUGACUGUAAUUCGCGGUAUAUCGUGUCCUUUUAUGGUGCCUAUCUAGCAGAUCCAAAUAUCUGCAUAUGUAUGGAAUUCUCAGACAAAGGAUCUCUGGAUGGAAUAUACAAGAAGAUAGGUGCUAUCGAUAUCGAUAUUGUCGGCCAGGUUGCGCUUGCUGUGCUUGAAGGUUUGACGUAUCUUUAUGAUGUCCAUCGUAUCAUUCACCGUGAUAUCAAACCUUCAAAUAUGCUCUGCAACUCAAAAGGGGAAAUUAAGAUAUGCGAUUUCGGUGUUUCUGGCGAGCUCAUUAACUCGAUUGCCGACACCUUUGUGGGAACCUCGACGUAUAUGAGUCCCGAACGAAUACAAGGUGCCCAAUACACUGUGAAGUCCGACGUGUGGUCCUUAGGCAUUUCCCUCAUCGAGCUGGCUCUCGGGCGUUUUCCCUUCGCUGAAUCUGAGUCUGACGAUUCCGACUUAUCAGACUUGGAAGGCACUCUCUCACCUGCUAGACCAGGUUCUAUGGGAUCUAUCGUUGCCCUCUCUCUUCCCCCGCGACAAAAAAUAUCAAAAAAUGGAACAGCGAAAAAGGAUAAACGAAAGAGCAAAGGAGUCAGUUUACAGGGAGGUGGAAUGACAAUGAGUAUUCUCGAGCUUCUCCAGCAUAUCGUGAAUGAGCCUGCCCCCAAACUUACUCCCGAAGGACGAUUCCCCAAGGAAGCUGAGGAAUUCAUUGACAGCUGUCUCCUCAAAGACCCUGAUGUAAGAAAGACACCGAAAGAGUUGUUGAAUUAUACUUGGAUAGAGCAAGCCAAAGCAUCAACAAUUGAUGUCGAAGCAUGGGCGAACACAUUUUGAAUUCCCAACCACCAAUCUAUUGUUUUCAUCGCACUCUGGAAGAUGCGCAUUGCUGUCAUUUUCUUAUUUUGUGAACUCUCGCUGAUAUGAAAGCAAACAAUGUAUUAUAUCUGCCAUUUGGCUAGUCUCUAUACCCAUUUCUGGAUGCUCAAAGAAGGAUCAGAUAGAUU